AUGAACCCCCUGUUUGCUGCGAUCCCGCUCAGCAGCCUGCUGCGGGCUGCCUUGGGAAACCGCAAGCGGUGCUAUGACUGCGGUGGAAGCCCCAGCGGCUCCUGCAAAGAGACCGUGACCACUUGCGGCCAGGGCGAACGCUGCGGCUUCCUGGAGCGCAAACCCCAACCAGGCCUGAGACAGACCAAGCCAUCUGAAACCCCCUCAGUGACCUUGAUUCAUCACCAUCCAGACUGCGUAGUGGCCCAUCACUGCAGUCGAGUGGAAACGGUGGUGGGAGAUGUGACUUAUAUGACCCACAGGGACUGCUGCAUCUGCGACCUGUGCAACAGUACUGUGGCGAGCACUGCAGCCCCCUUGUGCAUCGUGGCUGCAGGGGUCACCGCCCUAGCCUGGCUCUUGCCAGGACUGUGGAGAGGGUAGUGGGAGUAGGGGAAG